AUCUUACCAAAAAGCGGACAUCUUUUUUUCCCACUUUUGACCGGAUUCCCUCAACUCCGCAGAACCGUCGCGACCGCUGGCCUUCGCCUACUCCAACAUAAACGCAACAUCGGCUCUGGUUUCCUGGUUGGCUCCGCUUGCGCCGAAGGGCACGUUGUCCGAAUACAUCCUCAACUUCUCGGUGACGUUGAACUCAGCCGGGCUCCCGGAUCCCAUAUCUUCCACGACUUCGCUCGUAUUCAAUGCCUCGACGACCAGCCAGUUAAUAAGCCCUCUGACUCCAGCUACAACCUACCAUCUUUACCUGUUCGGCGUCACCAAGCCCAACUCGGAAGAUCUGGGAGGCGGCGUCGGAGACUCGAACGAAUUGUUCUUCACUACUUACCCCUUCAGUGA